AUUGAGUGACGGUUGGAUGUGUGGAGUGUGACAGUUGAAUGUGUCGAAACAGAACCGUGUUGCUAGAAUGCUCCAAGACCGCAAGAGACGCAUGUUGCGCGGAACCAAGUCGCGUGCUUGCAGUCCGUCAGCAGCAGCGACUGCUGUUUGCUGCAACAAUGGGUAGGCUGGGGGAGGGCGGGAGGCGUUGCACUUCAAGAGGCGGUGGCGGCGGCUUUGCGAGAGGAGCGCCUCCACCUCCUCCCGGCAAACUCCCCUCGCUCUUUUAUCGUCGCCUCCCCCACCUCCUCUCUCUCUGUUCUAUUCGCUCACUGCCUCUCCCACCUCACACUCUCACACACUAUCACGUCCCCUCUCUCACCUCGCUCCUCUCAACCCCGAACCUCUCUCUCGUCUCGCGACCCCAUGGCGACGCCGCGCUCCGUGCUGGUGACGGGAGCGAACCGGGGUCUGGGGCUGGAGCUCGUGCGCCAGCUGCUGCCGCUGCCGCAGGGCGCUGCGGACCCCGGCCCCCGCGUGCUCGCCACCUGCAGGGACCCCGACGGGGCCGGCGCGCAGGCGCUGCAGGAGCUGGCGAGCGCUCACCCCCAGCUCACGGUGCUGCAGCUCGAGGUGACUUCGCAGGAGAGUGUGGCCGCUCUGGCGCUCGCCGUGGAGAAGGCCUUGGCAGGGGAGGGGUUGAACGCGCUCAUCAACAAUGCGGGCGUGGCGCUGAUGGCCCCGCUGGGAAGCGUCAAGGCCGAGGACAUGAUGCACAACUACAACGUGAACGUGGUGGCGCCGCUCAUGAUCACACAGGCCCUGCUCCCACAGCUGCGCAUCGCCGCCGAGCGGAACAAGGCCGAGCCGCUGGGCUGGGGUCGCGCCAUCGUCGCCAACAUCUCGUCCAUGCUGGGCUCGCUGCACUUGGCUGCGUUGGCGCCCACGGGCGAGUGGGGCUACUCCUACCCGGCCGCCAAGGCCGCUCUUAACAUGGUGACGCGCUGCCUGCUGCGUGACCUGCAGACCUCGGGGGUGUUUGUGGUCAGCGUGAACCCAGGCUGGGUCAAGACGGACAUGGGCGGCCCAGAGGCCCCGCUGACGGCGCAGGAGAGCGUCGCAGGGAUGCUGCGCGUCCUCGCCACCCUCACGCCGGAGGAGAAUGGAGGAUUCUACGACCACGAGCACAAACCCGUGGCCUGGUGAAGUCGCCCGGGGCCACCGGCAUCCCACCACCGGGGCUGAUGGAGCUGGCCGGUGCGUGCCGGUGGGGGACGCCGGUGAAAAACACUGUCAAAAUUCACGGGCAAACACCGGGUUUGUCGGCAGCAUGCCGCGUUUAACAUACAUUUUAAAUCCGUUACCAUUCCGUAAUGCAUAUGAAGUAUGGGAAUUGACGGCAGGAACUUCUUGACGGGAACACACUUUUUAUUAAAUCUUUACGUGUCAAAAUACAACGUGUAGUCUCCUUUCU